AAUGGUCUAAGGAGUAAAACUUCAUACGUUUACAAAUUGUCAAUUUGUCAAUUUCAAAUCAAUCCAAAAUAAAAAAUAAUUUUUUCAAUAACAUUUAAUGAAUUAAAUUAAACAUUUACUUUUCUAAAACAUACAAUAACAUGGGAAUUAGCAUUUGUGAUACAAAUCAGAACCACUAGCCAAAAUGAGUGAAUCAAAUGAUGACCAAGUGACAGAAAAAAUAUUAAAUGUUGCCAAGAAAAAUCCUAAAGGCAUAUCUGACAAAGAUAUAGCAGCUGCAAUACCUGGACUAUCUUCUGCUGAACUGGUCACUGCUAUCAACAAGUUACUGCAGCAAGGCCUGUUUGAUAUAUAUAAUCAGGGUGGCUCUUUAAUAUAUAGACUAAAAAGUCAAGCUUCAAAGCAAGCAGUCAAGGGAGCUGAUAACGAGGAGAAAGUAGUCUACAACCUUAUUGAGGAAGCUGGUAAUAAAGGGAUAUGGAUAAGGGACAUAAGGAUACGCUCAAACCUUGCUAAUACACAGCUCACAAAAGUAUUGAAAAGUUUGGAGAGCAAAAAAGUUAUUAAAGCAGUAAAAUGUGUUAAUGCAUCAAAGAAGAAAGUUUAUAUGCUUUAUAAUCUAGAACCAGACCGCUCUAUAUCUGGAGGAGCCUGGUAUCAAGAUCAGGACUUUGAAUCAGAGUUUGUAGAAAUUCUGAACAGGCAGUGCUUACGGUUCCUGCAGCAAAGGGCUGAUAAAAUAAAAAACAAUCCCAGAGGUCCGAUAGUGGGCAGAACACAAUCCUAUGCCACAGCAGCUGAAGUUCAAAAGUAUAUAACUGACUUAGGAAUAAGUAAAGUGAAGCUCGAAGUUGAAGAUGUUAUCACAAUUUUAAAUACACUAGUCUAUGAUGGGAAAGCAGAAAGCAGUGUUUACCCAGAUGGAAGCAAAGUGUACCGAUCUAUUGAAUCACUAAUAACACCACCAGGAUUGGUCCAGGUUCCCUGUGGAGUGUGUCCUCUCAUACAUAAAUGCUGCUCUACUGGGCUUAUAACACCACAAGAAUGCAAAUAUAUGAGUGAAUGGCUUGAGCAAUAAAAUAAACUUAUAUAAUAAAUUGUC